GACCUUCUCUGGCAGACUUUGUGAAUGUCAGGUGAAGCUCCCGGAGCUCUGCUAAUAAAACUGCUGGUACUUCAACUUAAUGCAUAUGGUCUGUUAUCUUGAUCCUUGUAACCAGAUUCAAUGAACACGUGAGUGCUGUCAAGUGAGGGAUAGUAGAGCGCACUCAACAAAGCAAAACAGAUCGAGUUUCUUCUCCAAGCCAAACCCAUCAGUCAUGGCAGAUCGUCAGGCAUCUUAUGGGAAUGAGGAUUCAGUUGGAAAACAAUUAGACAACAUAAAAAAAAACAGUAGAACAAUAAAAGGAUCCCUCACAAGAUACAUUAUAAACACAAAGACUCUAAUUGAUCAUGACAGACUGAAGAGAGAGAGAUUUGGAGAAGAAGACAAGAGCAAACCUCAUAAAACCAUAUUACUGGUUGGAGAAACAGGAACAGGGAAGUCGACUCUCAUCAAUGCCAUCAUCAACUACAUGCUGGGAGUUAAAUGGGAAAACAGAAUCUGGUGUGAGAUCAUAGAGACGAAAGAAAACCAAACUAAAUCGCAGACCAGUGCAGUGACUGUGUAUGAUGUGUUUGUUGAGGAGAGUCCGUUCUCUCUCACUGUCAUUGACACACCUGGAUAUGGAAGCACAGAAGGGAAAGAGGAUGACUUCCAUGUGACUGAAACACUGCAUGAGUUACUCAAAUCCGAAGAUGGAGUCAAGGAAAUUGAUUUAGUGUGUCUUGUGGUGUCGUCAAACACUGCUCGACUCACAGACAGACAGCUGUAUGUGUUUGAUUCCAUUCUCUCUUUAUUUGGAAUAGAUGUGGAGAGAAACAUUGUUCUGCUCAUCACGCACGCCCCAAAAAAGCCUAAAAAUGCCCUUGAAGCCAUCAAAGAAUCAAACAUCAGAUGUGCUAAAAGUGGUGAAGAGCCUGUGUACUUCAAGUUUGACAACUCUCACUGCGAGGACUUUAAUGAAGAUGAUGACAAAAAUGCAUGGGAUAAAAAUGAGGAAAAUAUGCAGAAUCUCUUCACUUUUCUGAAUGACAGUAAAACAGUUAGUUUAAAGAUGACCGAAAACGUGAUCACACUCCGCAAACAACUGACAGCAUCCAUCUUCAAUUUAAAGGAUAAAAUCAAACUGACAGACCUGAAAAAAAAAGAGCUUGAACAGACAAAAAAAGCUUUGGAGAAAUAUGAGGAUGAAAAGAAGGACAUGAAUAACUUUGAAUAUGAAGUUGAUGAGGCCUACAAAGAAAAGGUGAAAAUAGAAUCUAAACUGUGGCACAUACAAAGCAAGAAGGCCACUUGCUGCAAUGUAUGUAAGGAGAACUGUCAUUAUCCUGGAUGCUGGUGGGUCUCAGAUCUCAAAUGGUGCAGUGUCAUGUCAAACGGAAAAUGCCUAAGUUGUACUAGAAAGUGUGAUGUUAGUGUCCAUACUAAAGGGGACGAAAUCUAUGUGUCAAAGACUCGGAAGGUGAAGAAGACAUACAAAGAUCUGAUGAAGAAGUAUGAGGAAAAUGCUGGAGACAAAAUGAGUUUGAUGAGCAGCCUAGAGAAUGAAAUCAAAGAAAAUCAAUUGAACAAAGAAUUUCUGGUUAAAGAGUGUUACCAGAAUGUGGUCACUCUGGAGAUUACUGCUUUAAAGUCUGACUCUGCAUUUGUCAUUGAGCAUUUGGACUUCCUGAUUAAGAUAAUGAAGGAAAUAGGAAAAACCGAAGGAGUUCAGAAACUUGAAAAACUGAAGAAAAUGUAA